GAAGGGAAAGGAGGAUCACUCAGACUGACUUUAAGCAAAGGAGCAUCGGUGUAGUCGCUGCCUAUGCAUUGAUAUUGAUUCUCAUCCAGUCUUUCAGAAUUUUGAUGCAGAAAGAAGAAAAUUAAAAUGGUUGAUACUCAAGAGAAGGAAAUGAUAUUUGAGCCUAUUUUGGAAGAUGGUGUUUUUCGGUUUGACUGCUUGUCAGAUGAUAGAAAUGCAGCAUUUCCCAGUUUAUCAUUUACAAAUACCAAGCUAAGGGACACACCCAUCUUGAUUCACAAGGUUCCUUCAUAUAUCCCUACUUUUCAAUCCCUUCUUGGACAGCAGAUUGUCAAACUUGAGCUUCCUGUUGGCACCUCAUUUUAUGGAACUGGAGAAGUUAGUGGGCAGCUAGAGCGCACAGGAAAGAGAGUUUUUACUUGGAAUACAGAUGCUUUUGGAUAUGGACCUGAAACUACAUCCUUGUAUCAAUCCCACCCAUGGGUUUUAGCUGUUCUUCCAAAUGGAGAGGCACUGGGGGUUCUUGCUGACACAACACGGCUUUGUGAGAUUGAUCUGAGGACUGAAAGUAGAAUCCAGUUUACUGCGUCAGCUUCAUUUCCUGUCAUUACAUUUGGGCCAUUCCCUUCGCCAACUGAUGUUUUGAUAUCUUUAUCUCAUGCAAUUGGAACUGUUUUUAUGCCUCCAAAGUGGUCCUUGGGCUAUCACCAAUGCCGUUACAGCUAUAUGUCUGAUAAGAGGGUCAGAGAGAUUGCCACAACAUUUCGGGAGAAGGGUAUACCUUGUGAUGUGAUAUGGAUGGACAUUGACUACAUGGAUGGCUUUCGAUGUUUCACUUUUGACAAGGAGCGAUUCUCAGAUCCAAAAUCUUUGGUGAAAGAUCUCCACCAUAAUGGUUUCAAGGCAAUUUGGAUGCUUGACCCUGGGAUUAAACAUGAAGAGGGUUUCUUUGUCUAUGAGAGUGGUUCUAAAAAUAACGUAUGGAUCCAAAAAGCAGAUGGAACCCCUUUUGUUGGGGAUGUGUGGCCUGGGCCUUGUGUGUUCCCUGAUUUUACUCAAUCAAAAGUUCGUUCUUGGUGGGCAAAUUUAGUUAAAGAUUUUAUUUCUAAUGGAGUUGAUGGUAUAUGGAAUGACAUGAAUGAACCGGCUGUGUUUAAGGUUGUAUCAAAGACGAUGCCUGAGAACAAUAUUCACAAGGGUGAUGAAGAACUUGGAGGUUGCCAAAGUCAUUCGCAUUAUCACAAUGUUUAUGGACUGCUGAUGGCAAGAUCCACUUUUGAAGGCAUGAAAUUAGCUGAUAAAAAUAAGCGGCCUUUUGUUCUCACCAGAGCUGGAUUUAUUAGCAGCCAAAGAUAUGCUGCAACAUGGACAGGAGAUAAUCUUUCAACUUGGGAACACCUCCACAUGUCCAUCUCCAUGGUACUUCAAUUGGGCCUAAGCGGGCAGCCAGUUUCAGGACCUGAUAUUGGUGGGUUUUCCGGAAAUGCAACACCCAAACUUUUUGGUCGGUGGAUGGGUUUGGGAGCUAUGUUUCCAUUUUGCCGUGGCCACGCUGAUGCUGACUCCCUUGACCAUGAGCCUUGGUCCUUUGGUGAAGAGUGUGAAGAAGUGUGCCGCCUAGCAUUGAAGAGGCGUUACCGCCUUAUAUUACACAUAUAUACUCUUUUUUAUAUGGCUCAUACUAGGGGUACUCCUGUGGCAACUCCUGCCUUCUUUGCUGAUUCAAAAGAUAACAGUUUAAGAACACUUGAAAGUUGCUUCCUUUUGGGCCCAGUUCUAGUUUCUGCAAGCACCUUGCAAGAUCAGGGAUCUGAUAGACAGCUCUUGUUGCCUAAAGGAAUUUGGUUGAGCUUUGACUUUGAUGAUUUACAUCCGGAUUUGCCAAGUUUAUAUUUGAGAGGUGGAUCAAUUAUACCUUUGGGUCCUCCUAUCCAGCAUAUUGGUGAAUCUAAUCCAUCAGAUGACUUAACACUCCUCAUAGCCCUAGAUGAGAAUGGGAGAGCUGAAGGGUCUCUAUUUGAAGAUGAUGGUGAUGGGUAUGGAUUCACCGAAGGGCAAUAUCUUUUGACACACUAUAUUGCUGAGCUCCAAUCUUCGGUGGUCACAGUGAGAAUAUCAAAGACUGAAGGAUUGUGGAAGAGGCCAGAUCGCCGUCUACAUGUUCAGCUGUUAAUUGGUGAAGGUGCAAUGCUUGACACAUGGGGCAUAGAUGGAGAACUUCUGCAGAUUGUAAUGCCUUCUGAAUUUGAGAUUACUAAGCUUACAAAUACAAGCAAAGAGAAUCGCAGGACGCGUUUAGAAAGUGUUAUGCCUAUUCCAGAAAUGGAUGUUGCUUCUGGACAGAAGGGAACAGUUUCAAAGAUUCCUGUUGAAUUGAAAAGUGGUGACUGGUCUUUAAAAGUUAUUCCUUGGUUUGGGGGUAGAAUUGUUUCCAUGGCACAUCUUCCUUCAGGGUGAAGAUCUGGUGGCUGAUACAAAGAGAUACACUAUACAUACAAAUAUAUAUAUAUUUUUGAUACAUGAACCAGAAUAGGCAUAUGCUGUUUUAGUUUGCAUCUGGAAGUCGCCCCUAGUUUUUGGUUGUUCCAUCUUUGAGUUUUUUUUUUUUAUAAUUAAUCUGUUGUUUUUCCUGCUGAUCCCAGGCAUACAGUGAUUUAACGAAGAUUACCACUUAAGUCUUUGGUGCAAAUAAAGUUUUUUUUCAGUA